AUGUCAGUACAAUACCAGAAGAUGUUAACGCAAUUUUCCCUUCGGCUCAGUAUUGUGCAGCCUUUAUACAUCGUGAAUCACUAUGGACGAGGUGUGAUGGAAUGCCAGUUCUCAUCGUUCUGCCAGUCCAACAUGAUUCGCAAGGAUCCUAUUUUCAAAACUCUUAUGCUGUCCCGUAAAGGGACAGUAGAGAGACCAACUGAUGUAAAUGAUCCACUACGGUUUGCUGGUGAAGGUGUUACUUUUCGUGCCAAGCUAAUAGGAGUUUUGGAGGUAAAUGCCCCCAGAGGAGACAGACUUUGUCAAGAAGCACUUGGAGAGUUGAAAAUGGCCAUUAAAGCUGCUGGGGAACAUAAACAAAGGAUUAUGAUUUGCAUAGCCCUGGAUGGACUCCGGUUGAGGGACGAACGAACUGGGGAUUGCCUGUAUCACCACGCUGUUCAUAAGAUUUCUUUUAUAGCGCAAGAUAUGGCAGAUCCUAGGGCAUUCGGAUACAUUUUUGGUUCUCCCGAUCAGGGUCAUCGUUUCUUUGGCAUCAAAACGGAUAAACAUGCAAACUUAGUUGUUGUUGCUAUGAGAGACUUAUUUCAAGUUGUAUACGAUUUAAAGAAGAAAGAUGUUGAGAAGAACAAGCAAUACCCAUUCGACAGCAGUGGCAACAAGACGAAUGGUGAUAGGCAUUUAACUGACUCCAUGGAUAGCCUGGAUCAAAUGUUGGCCUUGGGAAGCCACUUGAAUGGUGGGCGAUCGGAAAUGUCAGCCAUUCAGACAGCUGAUUUGUUAAAUCUACAUGCUGAGGAGAAAUCAAGUGGCUCUUUCGAUCCUUUUGCCACAUCAUUUACUCCAACAAGCUUGUCAAAUUCCAUGGCAGUAAAACCAAUUGCGGGGGUCCCUCUGUUGUCGAUGCCGCCAGCUAUCCCGCCCCCGCCCUCUACAGUUGGGAUACUGUCAUGUGGGCCAACUAACGUUUCCCAGCCAGAUCAGCUGAAGCCAACUGUGUCGGACACUUUCAGUGAUUCUUUCGUCUCCAUGGCACCGCCACUUCACCUCACUCCACUGGUUCCUCCACCGACAAAGUCACCAAAAGUUAAAGCUUCCACUUCCACCAUGUCACAUUAUUCUACAAUUCGGCCGAGGAAGAAGUCUGGCAACGACCCAACCUCAGAGCCAAUGAAUCCCCCACAGCAAACGUUUCUACCUAUGGAAAUGCCGACCACCGUUAACGCCUUACCCAUACCGUCUGCCACGAAACUGUCAUCGUUGAAUGUGCGCAAUAUAAAGGGUAAUCUCUCUCCUAGAUUGAAUUCGGCAGCAACUUUACCGCGACCCACCAGCGCCAAUUCCAGUACGAACUCAUCCCCUCGCGUCGUUGAUGGUUUUGAUAGCCAGCCUUUCACAGCAAAUUUUGUCGUAGAACCCGCACCGGUUGCACCUGUAGAGCGUGUCGAUGUCUUCACUGAGUUGGAUCCACUAGGCACUGGACGUAGUCGACCUUAUAUAGACAAGAAGGAUUUUUUUCAAGAUCUGAAAAAGACAUCGCUUGGAUCUAAAAUGCUGCUCAAACAAUUGAGCACCUCGCAAGUUGAAAGUGUUGAUCAUCAGCAUGCAAAAGAUUGGCAUGCGCAGUUAUCUGAAGAUCCGUUUGGUAGCUUGCACUUUGGCCCUUUGCCCGAGGCCGAUCCGUUUGAUACCCAAUUCGCCUCCAUGGCUCCUCCGCUUUUCUCUGCUGCUUUCCACUCAUCACCGUUAGUCCAGUCAUCUUCACCUCCCAAAUCUAUUUCCCCUAGUGGUUAUUCAAAGGUCUCUAAAGCAAUAAAAUCCUCAUCCCCUCGCCCGACAAACUCCGUAUCCUCGUCUUUCACGAGUACCCCUCUGUCAGCCCCUGCUGCCAAGUCCAGCGCUUCCCGCUAUCCACGAGGAUUACUACGUGUAGCUCUUCCUGUUAGUCAAUCGGAUAGUGAUAGUGAGAUUACCAAUGAGAUCCCUCAACUACCUUCAUCACCGAUCCAGGCUCAGCGUAAUCAGCCCGCUAGCGGAACCCCAGAAAACAGCGCUCGAAGUUGCUCACCACGGAGUUCAGCCUCGCAGCUGUCAAUCCAUAUCGGUUCUAUUCACAUGGAUAGAGGAAAUACUCCCACAAAUGGCACUGGCGAUUCGCCCCUUCCACCUCAAGAGCUAUCGUCAAGCGAGGAUGAUUCAUCGUCCAGUUCGGUUGAGGAUGGCCAGUUAAGAGACCCCUCACACCACUCUCAGUCACCGCAGCACCAUUUGCGGUCGUUACAACCAGAAUGUAUAUCGGGCUCUGCAAUACUUCCUAUGCCACCACAGCCACCUCCUCGCCCGCCUGUCCUCCGGCCGCCACCAUUGCCACCCAAAGGGCAACCACCACUCGUACCACAACGGCCAGUCGUCACACCAACUGAUGAACUAAUCUGUAGUGGGCAUCAAACUCCACCGCUUCCCAUUCCCAUUCGAAAACCCAAACAACCACUGUCGUUAUCUAAUUCCCAUUCUAGGGGACAAAGCGUCUCACAUCAUACGUCACGAGAAAAUGGAGACGAACCGCGUCCUGCCAAACAAAUUCAAUCUAAACUGAAUCAAAUUUCUCUUUUGCAACUUUCUAACAUGUCGCUAGCUGAAUUAGCCGACACCCUUCAGUUGCCCCCCGCGAGGCUAGCCAGUAUGACAUUAACGGAGUUAGCCUUACGGUUAGCCGAAUUGAAUAAGAAUGAUGUAAAGGCUGAAUCUAAGAAAACACGCCAUUCCGAAAAGAAAUUCCCAUCAUCCCCACUGUACCACUCAGCAGCUAGAAGGAAAGACGAGGAUGAUGAAGAGGAAGUGGGGCAGGACGACGAAGAGGAAGAGGAGGAAGAAGAGGAAGAGGAAGAAGAAGAAGAGGAAGAGGAGGAAGAAGAAGAACCAGAACCCGUUGCAGUUAAAGUAGAUGAAACAGAGAUUUGUUACAAAGGUGGAAAGAAGUACGAAAUACUCAGUGAUGUUCCUGAACCAGAAGAUGACUCAGCUACGCGACUAUCUAAGACGUGCCCAACCGCAAAUACUCAAUUAGAUGCUCGCACACCCGAUAUCUCAAAAGUGUCUGAUAGCGACCGAUACGCUGCCCUUAGAGAAAUCAUGGAGCAAGAUCUGGCUGUUUCGUCUUGUGCUCGAACGGAUGAACCAGUGGAAAACGACCGGGUUCCCGAAUUCGCUAAUUUUGAUGAUAUAAAUGUUCUUGCUUAUUCUGCACCACAGGAAGCUAACGUUCCGUACAGUGGCACCCCACUCACGUCUAUUCGGAAAGUAACCUCACCCCUUUUCGGAUUCGAAGAUGAUUUUUGUCAUGUCCAGUUAAAUCGAUUGACGGAAUCGCCGUAUGACAACACUGGUGCCCGACCAAAGACUACCGGACACACACCACAUCCUAGGUGUAACUCUGUGUCUUCUGGAAGCGCAGAAUUUGACCAUUUUAUAGAGGAGGAGACGACCGUCAUACCAACCGGAGUCCCUAUCACCUGGAGCUGCCCAGAGCCGGUGGAUUUUAAAUUGUCUGAAACGCCUGAUGAUGAAGAGCCAGAACAAAUGGAAGUCAUUGGCAAAGAAGAUGACGAAGUCAUUGAUGAUCUGGCUGAUAAAUUCGCAGCUUUCGAGGCCCGCUUUCCUGCCAACCCCCUCGAAGGAUUUGGAGAUUCUUUUGCGGAUUUUGACCUUUCCGCAAAUACGGUCGUUAUCGAACCAAAUGUCCCGCCUGUGUCGGAUUCGUUUGCCGUCGAUUUUAGUGCAGCUUUCAAUGAAGAGAAGGCUUCAGAGAAUCAGCUAAAGACCAAAGAAAAACAGACUGUCAAAAAAUCCACAUCAGUCAAUAUAUUUUCUCGAGUAGACGAUCCCUUCGACGACGAUUUCUUCCAACCUGACCUGCCUAUUACUACUGCUGCUACAAGCUCUGUUACAGCACCUUCUAAUUCUCACAUGGUCAAACAGCCAUCGGUUCAAGUUUUUAACACUAUUGUUGAAGACCCUUUCGCUUGGGUUCAACCCUUUGACGAUAACGUUCAAUUUGAUGACGUUGAUGAUGAAUUCACACUCUAAAAGUCAUUUUCAUUUUGAAGCCGAAAUCAUGUCUAAUGCAGAUUGACAUGCUAUCGUGCUGCUGCGCUAAACAUUUCCGUAUCAUUUUCUGUCAUUCUCAAGUCUAAUAAGAAAGAGACACUUUCAUUUAACACUUUCCGUCAUAUCUAUACUUAUGACCAGUCAUGAAGAGUGGACCUGAAAAUAUGGCAGAAUAGUCCAACUGAUCCUGCUUAUGUUUCCUUAUGUUAAUGCUGUCAUCUGGCAUAGAAAAUCGUCGACUAGUCAUCUAUAUCUUCAUUUGUGAUUGUUCAAUUUUCUUUUUCUGUAGCCUUCUGCCAUUACCUUUUCUUUUCCCUCCAUUUUUAUGUUUAUUCUGAAUCUCGUUUAAUUCAAGAAUUCAGUUUUUACCUUUCCAUUAUUUUAUUUUAUUGUUUUUUGCUUUUUUGCAUUUUUAUUUCAUCGCUUUAUAUAUGAAGCUUCAACACGUUUUUGCUAUACUUUUUCCCUUUGCCAACCCUUCGUAUGAUUUACAGACAUUUGGUUCCUUCUUUAAUUCGCUACACGACCCGUCUUAUAUUUUUUGUCUGUGUAUCUUUUCAUUUCCAGCGGCAAUGCAUUAUUAAACGUUUUAGUAUGAAAA